AUGAUUUACCUGGAAUCAUCCUUAUUGCACGUUGCAGAGUUCAAGGAGGCGUUCGCCUUGUUCGACAAGGACGGCGAUGGGACCAUCACCACCAAGGAGCUGGGCACGGUGAUGCGCAGCCUGGGCCAGAACCCCACAGAGGCCGAGCUCAAGGACAUGAUCAGCGAGGUGGAUGCAGACAAGAACGGGACCAUCGACUUCCCAGAGUUCCUCAGCCUCAUGGCACGCAAGAUGAAGGACUCGGACAGCGAGGAGGAGCUGAGGGAGGCCUUCAAGGUCUUCGACAAGGACGGCAAUGGCUUCAUUUCCUCUGCGGAGCUCCGGCAUGUGAUGACCAACCUCGGCGAGAAGCUCACAGACGAGGAGGUGGACGAGAUGAUCCGGGAGGCUGACGCUGAUGGCGAUGGGCAGGUCAACUACGAGGAGUUUGUGAAGAUGAUGCUUGCCAAGCUGGACUCGACGGGCUCUGAUCCCAGCUUUGUGUGCGAGCGGGUGUGCACCUCCGACCGGCUCAUGAGACGGCUAGGCGGCCUGGCCAAGGAUGCCACCCCAAACACGUGCGUCACGGUGUGCGGCACGUCCUCCCAGGACGCCUGCGCCAGCGCGUGCACGCGCUCCGUCUGCACCAACCUCCACCAGGUCCCGGCCUGGAACGAUACCUGCAUCGAGCGCUGCAGCAGCGAGUGCGUGCGCGGGCGCAGCGCCUGA